UACCAUCAAAAGGCCACGUCUACUUUACUAUAACACCCGUCCUGCUGUGUUGCAACAACACCCAUGGAAACGGCAAAGAAACGCCAAAUAUCGGGAGACGAUGGAGCUACAGAGGCCAAGAACGCUAAAAGCCAGCGGAGAGACAGACCACACAUCGCAGCCCUGGUGUGUGCGAGGGGCGGCAGUAAAGGUAUUCCCCUGAAGAACAUCAAGAUGUUAGCCGGGGUCCCCCUCAUAGGCUGGGUACUCAGGGCCGCCGUGGACUCAGAACUCUUUGACAGCGUCUGGGUGUCAACGGACCACGAUGAGAUUGAGAAGGUGGCGAAGGCCUGGGGAGCUCAGGUGCAUCGCCGCAGUGCCCAGGUGUCCCGAGACGCCUCCAGCUCCCUGGAGACCAUACAGGAGUUCACUGCUCUUAACCCUGAUGUGGAUUUCAUCUGCAAUAUCCAGGCUACCUCUCCGUGUCUGCAUCCGUACCAUCUGCAGGCUGCUGUCUCCAAGAUAACUGAAGAGGGUUUCGAGUCGGUCUUCUCAGUCGUGCGCAGACACCACUUCAGAUGGCAGGAGGUCAAGAAAGGAGCGUGUAGUGCCACAGCGCCGCUGAAUCUGGACCCCUCCAGGAGGCCGCGUAGGCAGGACUGGGAUGGGGAGCUGUGUGAGAACGGCUCAUUCUACAUGACGUCACGACACCUCAUCGAGAAGGGCAUACUACAGGUGUGUGUGUGUGUGUGUGUGUGUGUGAGAACGGCUCAUUCUACAUGACGUCACGACACCUCAUCGAGAAGGGCAUACUACAGGUGUGUG